CGCAGCGGCGACACAGGGACCGAGCCUCGAUGACGAUCGUUUGCGGGCGCGCGUGUUCGCCAGCCACCGACAAGCUCGCAUGCUCUGACUACAACGUGCAAGACAGCCAAGAUCGGCAUCUCUCCCAUAACAUCGACAAUACAACACAGCUUUCCUUCUCUUCGUUGACUUCCUUCGCUUGAACAGACAAUCCGCUCCACCCGCCAUGAAGGUCACGCCAUUCGUUCUGGCUUCGGCCGUCCUGUCCUCCGCCAGCAGCAUCGUUCAUCCCGUCGGCCAGGCACCACUGGGAGCAACCGAAAGAUACCGCAUCCAGCUUUCAAACGAUGAUACGCGAUGGGUCACGGAAGAUGAGAAGUGGGAGUUGCGCCGGGCAGGAUACAAAUUCUUUGACAUCACCGACGAGACGCCCGAGAUGGCAGCUCGCUUCGCGAACAAGGUCAACAUCAAAAAGAAGACUGUCGAGUAUCCCAAGGAGACGACACAGAAUGAGACCGUCUCGCAUCUUCUGAAAAAGCUAGACAAGAACAACAUGAGAUCUCACCUCGAGACUUUCACCGGAUUCCACACCCGCUACUACAAAUCUGACUACGGUCGUCAAUCCUCCGAAUGGCUUCUCUCUCAAGUCAACAAGACCCUCACCGAAGCUGGUGUCGGCUUUGCUCGACACUUCCAGCAUCCAUGGGGCCAAAACAGCAUCAUCGCCACCUUGCCAGGCAAAAGCGAAAAGACCGUCGUGAUCGGCGCCCACCAGGACUCCAUCAACCUCUUCCUUCCCUCCAUCCUCGCCGCUCCCGGUGCCGACGAUGACGGCAGCGGCACCGUCACCAUUCUGGAAGCUCUCCGCGUCCUAAUCUCCGACCCAACUUUUGCCCAAGGCAAGGCCGAAAACACUCUCGAAUUCCACUGGUACUCCGCCGAGGAAGGCGGCCUCCUCGGCUCCCAAGCAAUUUUCUCAUCCUACGAGCGCGAAGGCCGGGACGUCAAAGCCAUGCUCCAGCAAGACAUGACCGGCUACACGCACGGCACCCUCGCCGCCGGUAAGCCCGAAAGUGUGGGCGUCAUCACCGACUUCGUCGACCCUGGUCUCACCACGUUCAUCAAAUCCGUCAUCGACUCGUACUGCACCAUCCCCUGGAUCGAGACGAAGUGCGGAUAUGCCUGCAGCGACCAUGCUAGCGCCAGCAAGGCGGGUUAUCCCUCUGCGUUCGUCAUCGAGAGCGAUUUCCAAUACAGCGAUAAGAAGAUUCACACUACCGAUGAUAAGAUUGAGUAUUUGGACUUCGAUCACAUGUUGCAGCAUGCGCGGUUGACGUUGGGAUUGGCGUACGAAUUGGCGUUUGCGAAGUUUGAUUGAUAAAUUGCAAUCGAUGGAUGAAAGGGGAUGAUUGGUGUUUUUCUCCAUCUCCUUGAUGAUAUAUAUUCUGUGGAUGAGUAGCCGAGUAUUUGAUGAAAACAAUAUAAAACCAUGGUCACGAUGUACACAUCUCAGAAACGUGAUAAAUAUUGCGUAGAUUUUCUGCUGUUCACAAAUGAUAAGGAUCAAUGGGCGUGAGCCCGGCUCCCCGCUCGAGUAUAUACAUGCACACAUGAAUCCGAAAUCUCCACAGAAGGCACAGACUGGAAAGGCAAAGAAUCCAAUGAAUUGGCAACCAAUUUGGGAAAAAGGC